UCUGUCACAGCCAGCACUAACGAAGAUUUCGUAACUCAUUCUGUAAAACCGAUCGCGAAUAAAACAUGGGUAAAUUUGAGUGGAACAAUUAUUUCACCAAUUGCCAUUUUUGAACCGUCUACGCUUGAAGACCUUAUAGAUAUUGUAAAACUAGCAAAGACAAAUAAUAAAACUAUUCGAUGCGCUGCCCAAGGGCAUACAGAAAGUUCCCUAUCUGUCACAGAAAACUAUCUAGUACUGGUAAUAAAUUUAACUCAGAUUACUAUUCAAGAACACCCAAAAUAUGGUUGGACUGUUACUGCCGAAGCAGUUUAUCUGCCAUUCACUGGAUUCAAUCAGAGUGAUCCGAAUCCUCUUGAUCCUAAUAGAGAUCUAUUUAGGGUUGCUAGUUGGGUACGAACCGAUGAAUCUGUGAACUUCACACAACAGCAUAUCAAUGUAUUAUAUGAAGCUCAAAAACAGUAUGCUAUUCGCCAAGCUGAACUCCUAAAUAGUCUCUUGCAAAAUCCUGAGGCAACUCCGAAUAUUACUGGCGCACUGUGGAAAGAAUCUAUUAGCAUUAUUAAUACUACUUAUGUACUUCAAGUUCCUGAUUCUAUGCAUUUUUCUGUUGAUUUUAAAAACGUCAAGCGUCAUUAUAUGGCUCUUGCAUUCAAAGUUGAUCCGGAUUUUUCCAAUGUCGUUGACGAAUUGUUUUAUUCAAUUCAAGCA